UGGGAGGACACUGUGAAGGACCCCGCUUGUGGCACCAUGAAGAGCCUUCCUCUUGGCUUUCUUGUUCUCCUGAUCUUCAUCCUGAGUGUCCAUCUCGGAGUUGCCACACGUGGCAGCAAUGUGGCCAAGUUCUGCUGCUUCCAAUAUAGCCACAAGAUCCUUCCUUGGAAGUGGGUGCAUUCCUAUAAAUUCACCAGGAACAGCUGCUCCCAGCGGGCUGUGAUAUUCGUUACCAAAAAAGGCCAUAAAGUCUGUGCACAGCCAAAGGAAAAAUGGGUGCAAAGAUACAUUUCUUUACUCAGAGCACAGCAGCAAAUGUGACCUGUUGAACCUUCAGCCCCAGGGUACCUGGACCCUGCUCUUGAGAUUGCUAUCCUUGGUGGAGCCUGGAGAUUUUCUUCAGCAGGAGGCCCCAUGGGCUG